CUGAUAAUAUUUCUUUCAGUGAGUGUCGACGACAAGCCGAAAUCGUCAUCAUCAUCAUCAUUUGGAGCUGGAACAGGUCGCGUUCCUGAAGUGAAAGAGACGACGGUGACCACGAUGGUGGACGACGGAUCGGCUCAAGACGAGUCAGUAAGCGGUGGUCCAGGCCAAGGUCUACCGGCCUCCUCACAACCACAAGCAACACGUCCACAUAGCCCUUUACCCUCACCGUCACAUGGACAUCCUGAUCCACUUAUGCCGGUUGCCGAAAACUGGUGCCAUACUCAGGUGAAAGUCGUCAAAUUCAACUACAUGUGGACAAUCAAUAAUUUUUCAUUUUGUCGGGAAGAAAUGGGAGAGGUGAGUCCAGAGAUUCAUUUAGCUCCCAUUAUACACAAACAAAGGACACAUUUUAUCGGUCAGGUGCCUACAAAUCGUCAACCGUUUUCGGCAGGCGCUAGUGACAAGCUAAAAUGGUGUCUGCGGAUAAAUCCAAAAGGACUGGAUGAAGAAUCAAGGGAUUAUUUGUCGCUUUACCUGUUACUCGUGCAAUGUGCCAAGAGUGAAGUGCGUGCCAAAUUCAAGUUCUCCAUACUAAAUGCGAAACGAGAAGAAACAAAAGCCAUGGGCGAAUGA